AUGGGCCUGGUAUACAACACCUAUCUAAACAGUAGCCGUAUUUACGGCUGCAAGAACUGCAAAGCUCACCUCGCCAACCAUGAGGACAUAAUCAGUCGGAACUUUCGAGGUCAGCACGGCAAAGCCUAUCUCUUUAAUCUAGUCGUCAACAUCGACACUGGCGAGGCCUCGGAGCGCAACAUGACCACCGGCCGCCACGUCGUCCGCGACAUCUCCUGCCGCCAGUGCAAGGAGACGGUGGGCUGGAAGUACGACAAGGCCUACGAGACUACCGAGAAGUACAAGGAGGGCAAGUUCAUCCUCGAGGCCGAGCUCCUGUGUAACGUCUCCUGA